GAAAAUAAAUUUAGUCUGGACUUGUUAGACACGAGAAGGCUAAUAAUGUCCAGCUCUUCGAUCCCAAGUACGUUCUUGAAAAAUGUUCUUAACAACGGAAUUGGCAGAUAUGUUUGUCAAUUGCAAAGAAUAACAUUUGUAUUUUGUAAACAAAAGGGAGAUAGUCGGGGAACAAGGGAUUUUAUUGAAAAUAAACUACUUGACUUUACAAAUAGCAAUCCAGGAGUUGCAGUAUAUCUCCAACCAAGAAACAACAGAAGCCCUAAACUUGUUGCAGAGUAUUUAAAUGGAGGAAGAGAGUCCAUUGUAACUGCUAAAAUGUCAGAUGACGAAAUAUACAAAUGGCUUGAACAUCUUAGAGGAAGAUCAGGGAUAAAAAUUGCAAGGAUAAGAAAGCCUCAGCAUACAGAAAAUCCUAGUGUACAGGGUGUAUGGCAUCCCUUUACCAAUAAAGACAGUAGUUUAAAUAAAACACAAUUUCCUAUACAAGAACUCUCUGAAGUGCCCCAUGAAAUAACUACAACAGAUAAAUUAUUAGAAAUAGCCAAAAAAUUACGAGAGGCUGAUGUUAGUAUGAAGGAGUGAAUAUAACCUCUAAAUCAAUUGAGAUAAUAUUAUACAGGUAGUGGAUGUGUUAUUUGUGGAAGUGAAAUAGAAAUAAAUAUUUUAUAGAAAUUCU